AUGGAGAGAAUAUCAGUCGCACAUAAGAACGGGUUCGAAAAGAUCUUGCAAGCCCAAACGGAGGAGGUUCUACUCCUUCGCGAGCCACAACGUAGAUAUAAAAGACCAGUUUACAGAGGUUUUGAAGAAUAUUCCUGAUCUCCCUGCUGUCGUCCGUGACGUCUUAUUGAACAAGAAGAAAACAUUUUCUGGAGUCCCUGCGGCGCAACGUGCGUUAGAGUCAAAAUCGCCCCAUGAAAAAGAUCUCACCAUCGUCGUCGUGGACCAUCAAAAAUCAGAAGAAGAAAGCCUGGCAAGCUAAGCUCGUGAUCCUGUCAAAAAACCACGCAUCAACAUAUGGACAAGGCUAUGAGAAAGAUAUCAUAAUUUCACAUCAGUUCAUAUAUGGACUUCAUUGGUGUCGGUCUUCAUCCAGACUGCAAAUGAUAUCAAAUAGACACAACCAGCUAAAUUGUAACGACCUUAAACUGGAACCAACCCCAAUCCAUUAUGUUCUUUAUAGUUUUAUUACACGGCGUGUAUAAAUACUGAAACGGCUUAAAAAGUUAUAGUUUCUGAAAAUGACCAAGAAAAUUCAAGAAUUUUUUGAAAAACUGGUUUUCAAAAGCUGCAAGCAUCAAAUAUCGAUUUAACACAUUUAUAUAUUACUUUUAUAACUUUCUUCGAUUCGACCCAAAAUUUUUUAAAUCAAAGUGGAACUUAUCGAAAUGGAGCGAAGAAUAAACAUUUCAUUUCAAACAUACCGUAAUGACGCAUCAGACCUAGAAUAUAGUUGAAAAAGAGGGUGAAUACACCUUGAUUGAGGUGAAAAUGCGGAAUUUCAGCUUCCAGGAUCUAAAAAGGACGUCAGCCUUUGGCAUUCCGUUGAGGAACUGAGUAACGAGAAAAAUGUCCUUAAUUGACUAUUCAGGUGUUUUUUCUUUCCCAAUUUCUUUCAAGAUGUUUGUAAUCAGGCGCAGUUCAUCUUGAAGGCUUUAAAAGGGAGAAUCCGUGGUUGCGGAGCUGGCCUCAUGAGUUUCUACGGACUUGUGAACGUCCUCGCGGAGGGUCUCUCCAUGAUCACCACCUGUCGAGAAGUCCCCGCCGGGAAGAAUCGCACUAGGAUGGAGUGUUCUAUCGAGCAGACAUACUCCGCGCUCGUCGGCAUGUUCCAGAUAGGUUAGUUCUUCGAAAACUUCAUUCGAUCGGCUCUUUGGACCAAAAAGUGUUCCAUUAUCGUGUAAGUCAGAACCCAUUGAAAUUCAGGUAGUCCGAUUUCCAACAUCAUGCUGAUCGCGCAAGCCGGACUUCUCGUCAUUUUCUGGACUUGCACUUUUGCAAUGAAGCGCGACUUCACAAAGUCGUUCUUGAUCUCGGUGUGCCUUCUGAUGACCGUCGACGUCUCUCUCAGAGGAACGCAGCUGCUCGUGCAAAUUUUCGACCCCUACCUUUUGCCCUACACUGUGUUUGUUAGAUAAAAAACGACUCAUUCGGAAAAGAAAAUUAAGGAGCUAUUGGAUCCACACUUUGGGACUGGUGUUCAACUGCGCCACGCGCUACGCUUUUGCUGCUGGGUCUCUUCUGUUCACCGUCUUUUCCUUCCGAACGGCCUGCACCAGAACUCAAAUGGCCCAUGGCUGCUGCACAUGGUUACCUUUUUCGGAUACCUCUGCCUUUUUUGUUUAGUUUGGCUUUGAUAUCAGAAGUAUAUUCAGCGUUCCGUUCAUGAUAAUUGCUGCCGCGGCCGUUGGUCUCUCGGCAAUGGCCUACAUGAACAUGUUGAGCAUCUACGAAGCUCCGAUUCUUCGCUACGCGUUUCUAAUCAUCGGCUCUCUUCCCGUCUUCUUGGCCAAGUUGUUGGUUGUGCUCAUGUGCAUCUGCUGUUGUUGUUUGCGACCCAAGGUCGGCAUGGCGCUGGAUGAUCCAGUCGUCUGGAACGCCAAAUCGCGUCUUUUUUGGUGCAUUCCACUGCUCAUUUCCGCUAGUCUCACCUGCACAAUCGACAUUGGUAGGCUUUAUUUAUUCGUUAAUUUUGCAAAUAGUUUUUUUCUGAAACCGGCAGCUAAAGGCUGACGAUUCACUGUAUUUUUUUCAAUACACUUAAAAAUUUUACACAUUAUUAUCAUUCGGCCUCCAGAGAAGUUCUCUGCUGGAUCAUGGAAUAAUGGAAAAGUUGUUUGCCGGUUCACAUAAGAUGGAAGUAGAAUAAACCACAUAAACGCCAUAAAUUUUUCGGGGAACUAUAAAAGCAACUGCUGCAUAAGAACGGCUUCUAGAAGCUGGAGUAUUUGGUCUUUUUUUAGUUGCGAACUGAAAUUAAUGACUGGUACUGUGAAGUGAAACCUAUUCAAGUAAUAUUCUAAUUAACGUUCGAUAAGAGUCUUUCCAGUCUCAUACCUGAUGACUUCUCCCUAUUCGGCCAAAUGGAGCGUUUCGGAAGUGAACGUCGUGAUUCUUGUCGCCGUCUUCCUUUUCUUGCCGGCCUACCGGUACAAAUCCUUUCGUUCCCAAAUAGUUUAUGAGUUUCUUCCAGAUCGAAGCUGUUCUGCGGUUGCUGCUUGGAGACACAGCGGUCUAGGGUGGCGCCCCUGGCCGAGCCUUCUACGGCCACGCCGCGAGGACCCGUCACGCAGCUCUAUCAGAUGCCGGUGACGACGGCAUCGACGGCUCCGAUCUCGUUGCCCUCCGCCUACACCUACGUCGCUCCGGCUCCAGUGCAGCAGCCCAUGUACGUCCAUCAUCCCAGCCAACAGGUCGUUUUCUCUUCCGGCUUCACUCACAACCCCAUGCUCGUUGCGUGA